AAAGUACUUUGCUCUCUGCUAUCUGGUGUUUUGGAGCGGCACAGAAAACCUUUUGGCUUUUGUAUUAAUUCACCUUGUUGUGAAUAUAAGAUUAUGGGUGUUUGAUCUUUAUUCCAAAGAGUGGCAGCCUUCCCCUCUGUUAAGGAUGCUGAAGCUUUUUAAGGAGGCCAAGGUCAAUAUUCGACCUAACACAUCAAUUGUUAAUAUCUCAAUACCAUCCCCGCAACACACCCAUGGUCGAAUCGAGGUUUCAACUCAAGAUCCGUCAUCCCGUGCGCAGGUUGCUCAGGUCGGGGACACGUUUGCGAACGAACUCCUGGCCACACAAGCAUCCGUCUAUUGUCGCAAGCACAAAUGUUACCCUCGAUCUAUACUUUGGAGAGUCAUUGGGGCUGAUCGGAUCCUUGAAAUUCGUUCUGUGGACUUAAUAAAGAACAUACAUGAUCAUCAGGAGGCAGUUAAUACGUUGCGGCUAGAGUUCCCUGACACUAUCAUACCUCAUGGCGUGGCUUUCGCGGAUGGAGAUGACCAUCAUGGAUUCAAUAUCUUUGUUAUUACGGCUUCAAAACAGUUGUACACUAUUGAUAUCCGAUCACAAUUUUUCCUAAGUCAAAGCCAAAUCGACCGAAACGUCGCCAAAUGGUGUAAGUCUUGCCGUCCCGCGCCAUUGAACUUCGUUCAACCUCAUCGAUUGUAUGCUGGCAGUCGUCUUGAGCUUUUUAUCUCGAUUAAUACCGGCAGUUUACUGCGCCUAACACGAAAUUCUGAGGACGAUGGAUCUGGUUGGUCCCUUCUAACUCUCGAUGAAAGAUCGUGGGGUGCUUCCUUGCGUGGACUAGUUAACUGGGGCAACUCGAACUCGAUUCAGUAUAACGGCAAAUCUUUGGACCCGAAUACACCCAAUGCUAUUUCUACCACUCCAGAUCAAGCGUUUGCCUUCGUUGUCUCUCUAAACCAUUCUAUCAAAGCCUGGAAUCUGGCUAGCCAUCGAUUGGUUGCAUCGAAAGACCUGCUGAACCGGACGAGCCGUCAACGAGAUGUGCAUCCUAUUACUCUUAGUCCGGCUGAAUGUACCUUCAUCAAAAUUUUUACAGCUGAGAGAGCUCUUCCAGGUGGUAUGUACUACAUGAUAACGUACUCUCCUUACGACGAAGGUCAAUUCAAAUUCUGGGUCCUGAAAGGAAGUUUGACUGGCCAAUUGGACAUUGAAGACCUUUUCCCCGAUAUCAAAUUACAAGCCGUGGAUCCUGAACCCCCCGGGAGCUUGUUUUGGAAUAUAGUUGACUUCGAAAUCGCGUCUACUGACGAUGGAAGAAACAUGGUCUUAUGGGUACUGUGGAGAAGCAGUACAUUCUACCAACUGUACAGCAUACAGUUUGAUCUAUUGGAUUUGCCAAAUGCGUGGCGCAAAAAUUGGACCAAGAUGGCCUUGGAGCUCCAUCAUGACCUACCGCCGACUUUGUCACAUCCUUGUACGACGGAUGUUACUUCGGAAUGGUUGGAAUUUAUUUUCUUCCCAGGAAGGUACCCCCCCCAGGUGAUGGAAACAGCACUGUCAAUUUUCUUACAAUCUGUAAGGGCUGGUGUGGGACGUGGCUUCCAGGGUGAACCAGAAAAUUUGCAAGAACGUAUAUAUCGCGCCAUACGGGAUUCAGUGGCUUUAUGCAAAUCCUCAGACGCGAUUAUUGACUAUUCUCAGUAUUUUAACGAUCUGGACACGGCCUGGCGCCAAUUUUGGCUAUUAGUUGAUGAAAUCAAUAAGAAGAGAUUUCAGCCGAUCUCGUUCGCAUUUGAUUUCAAUUCAAACCUUCCGUGGAUAAUAUUCAGCGACAGCUGCGCCUCAGUUCGCGAAUGCACUAGCACCGAGAUUAUCCUCCACAAUGAAUCUGAUUUGCUUCGCAACAAUUUACACCACGCGAAGACAAUCUGGCCACAUCGCAAUUUGGUUUUCGAAUUAGGGGAUCACCCAGAUCAAUCGGCCAAAAUCAUCGGCUUAGCAGCCUCAUUUCGAAACAGAUUGACGCAGGAACUCAUCCAAAACUGCCAUACGACAUUGAAUACUGAACUUGUAAUGGAGCCAUCGCUUUCCGCUUUGGAGCGGGUUACCGCUUUUCAUGAUCGAUGUGGAUUUGCUUACCUUUUGACGGAUAGCAUGUACGACGCUAUUCAUGAAGAUAUCGAAAAUUCUAUUGGUUUUGAUCGACUCCGGACCGAUUCUUUUCUAGCCAUCAUUAAUACAAUUCCUUCGGGAUUCCAAAGCACGGACUCGGGCUACUUAUCUACGGAGUUUGGACGAGACGCUAUUAUGACAGGGGCAAGAGAGAGCAUUUGUCUUACCAAACAAAUCGUUUUCGAUUUGCUACUGUUGAUCGUUUUCAUUGAAAUAGAACUGCGCCCUGAAGCCAUAGCGGAAUUCAGCGGACCGGAGUUGUUUGAUGCCCUCGUUGGUUUACUUAAGGAGUAUGAAAUUUUAAGCUGGCUCGUAUCGAGGGUUCGUGUUUCCCAACGAAACCGAAGCAUUGACCACGGUCGAGAUGCGAAAACCCGGAUCGCCGCAAACGUACAAUUGGCACCGGCAUGUGAGCGUAGAAUCUCUAUUUUAGAGGAGAUCUUCGCGGUACAUACCCGACUUCUAACUGGAAGCACCUCUCUGAUGCAUAGUCUUACCCAGCAGGUCUGUACCAUUGUCUCUUGGACUAUGAGUACGGGGAGGGUUUCAUUCGAGCAUAUCCUGGUCUUUAUUCAGUGUGGGUUGCUUGUUGAUGGCAACAUAGACCUUGCGACUGACUUCCUAUGCUGCCAACCAGACACAGGCUGGUCCACUUAUGUCAAAGGGCGGCUUUGUUUAGCCAAAUGUGACUUCGACGGGGCGGUGGGUAAUUUUCAAAAAGCGUCUCACAUUCUAUCUUACGGAAGGCCCAUUGGGGAUUUACACGAAAUGUCAGCGAAACUCGUUGAUAUGACCUCGGUAGCAAAUUUUCAUAGCGGCCUUUCUAACUAUUUCCUCCAUAUCACGGGCCUCUUUGAACGAGCUCAAUCAUUUAUUUCCGCUGCUUUCUUUACUUCCCUUUCUUUGGAAUUCGCCGAAUAUAACCGCGCCAGCACUCAGCCAGCUUCCAAUCUCCGUGCGGAGUUGCCAUCACGACUAUUUCAUUCCUACUUGAAGACUUAUCACUUCGAUGGAGUGUACAUAGCCCUUUCAAGGGAUCCGGACCCUGCAUUUCGGCCAUCAGCGCUUACAUCCCUUCUUACGUCUGUGUUUCUUGCGUGUGGAACGACGACAAGAGGCCUGAAGAGAAUGUUACGGCUCCCGCUGUCUCUAGAACCAGGGGCAUAUUGUCGGCUUGAUGAUAUUUUGGCAUCAAUCACUAAGAAACGAGGGCUUCCCGAUUUCCUCCCGAAUGAACUUGGUUUAUCCGCCGGUUCGAUAGAUUACCUUUCUACGCUGAAGGCAUUUUACAUCGCUCGAAAUGACCUUCUCGCAGCUGCAAGUGUCUCAUACCAAAUGUUAUGUCUAUUACGUAAUACAGAUGACGGAGUGUCAGAAAUGACCUACGCAGCGAGGACAAAGACCAAGAACAACAAAGAUGCAACAUUUGCUCAAAGUACACAAAUACUGGGAGAACUACUUUCACUGACCAAUUUAUUGGCAUCAAUCAAAAGCAGCGAGGCUUAUAUACUUGUUGAUCCAAUGUCAUUGCCCAGUGCACGUUCCAAUUCCAUUCCUACAACACAGGAAGGAGUUAGCAUGAUGGAUCCAACGCCAACAGAUCAGUUAGCUAUGAGGCAACAUUCAGUUACCACACAAAUAGUUCUCACAGUGAAUGACCUCCGGCGGGAAUACCAGCUUGAGCUGGACAAAAUUCUUAAAAUACAAAGUGGAGAUUGGGAAUAUGGUGAAUUUUAGUAUAUUAGGUUGAAAUUCCAGUAACUUAUGUCUAAAAAGAGAAAAGAAAAGGAACUUAAUAAAAGCUUAUAGUUGGAAAAUGACUUUAAUUAUUUACUAG